AUGAGCCACAAGGGUAGAUAUUUUGAGGGGGGGAGUAACACUCAGAGUCUGGCUCAAAGGGUCGUCCAGCGAAACUUCAGUCAGUGUUCUUUCAGCAUCAGUAAAACAGAUUUAGAAGACAACUAUGUUGAUGCUUUGGAUCCGGAGAGGUUAAUACAAUGUCCAUGUGAUAAAUCUCAUCAAAUCAGGGCCUGUCGGUUUCCCUAUCAUCUUAUAAAGUGCAGGAAGAACCACCCUGAUAUUGCAAAGCAGCUAGCCACAUGCCCCUUUAAUGCCCACCAUCAGGUUCCCAGAGCUGAGAUCGGCCAUCAUAUCUCAAGCUGUGAUGACAAAAGCUGCAUUGAGCAAGACAUUGUGAGUCAGUCGAAUAACUGCUACAGAGAGAAGAUGAACACUGUCAGUAUGUGGCAGCCGUCCCCAUGUGACGAAGACUGGGAUAAAGAUCUACAGGAGCAAUCAAAUUCUAUGUUUGUUUGGGGCACGUUCAAUAGUGUCAUAAACAACAGCCCUGGGUCCAGCGUAGUGAUGGAACCAAAGAAUAAGCUAAUGCCAGGCAUGAGAGCACCCAAGUCCUUGCCAUAUAGCCUAUCCUGGAAAAGCACCUGA